AUGCAACAAAGCUAUACGCUUGACACUUUAUUCUCUGAUCUAGAUGUUACCAUCAAUCAGAAAGGGCACCGACGAACAUUCGAAGAGCUGUUUUCAAUUAAUUUUGUUAAAUAUGAUGCUAGUAGAAUAGCGUCAUUACAGCUUGCAAUCCAUCAGCUCAGCGAGAAGGAUAUCUCGUCAAUAAUAGACAACAACCCCACAGUUAAGAAGAUAUCUUGGCCAGCCUUCGAAAAUUUUCUACUCAAUUAUCUGAUAUGUGUUAGAGAUCUUGAUCCCUGGUCAGUGAUCCGGUCUAUAGAUCUAAUGAUUACUGUUUUCGAAUGCCAAUCCAUUCUCUUUAACCCUAAAACUGCCUUCCAUGACCAAAUCAGCAAACAAGCGAUACCUUACUUUGAAGAGUCCAUGGCUUUAAUGAUUCCAUUGUCCAAGUUCAUUGAUAUUGAGUCUAUGCAUUUGCAUAACCGCAAUUACGACUAUCCAAGGUUGACACACAUUUCUACAAUCUUACUGAAAGCGUUGAAUAAUAUUCGUUCUACGCCAGAUUUGAACGAUAGAAUGAAUGUGGACAAAAUCAAUUUAUUAUUCCAUAUUUCAACCAGUUUAUGCAAUGUGUACUAUAAAAUUGGAUCUCCAAUACUAUGCUCAAAUGUUUUUUCCAAUGUGAAUAUCCUCAAUUUAAAUAGAAGGUAUGUCAGCCUUUCAUCACUUGUAACGUUCCGGUUUAUUAUGGGCAAGUAUUACGCACAUCAAUCUAACUUCAUGGUCUCAUUCCAUCAUUUACGUGCGUGUUUUGAGAGUAUCACAGUCGACAAUUGCCCAAUGACCAAUAUCUUGAUCAUACUAAAAUAUAUUGUUCCAGUAGGACUUAUAGUUGGGAAAGUUGCGGAUAUAAAUCGAAUAAGGGCUAGGUUGUUGAAAAAUGGAGCGCAGAACGAUGAGACCCGUAAGCUAGAUGCAUUGUUGAACAUUUACCAACCGUUGGUAUCCAACUACAAGGUGGGGAACUGCUAUGGUGUUUACAAAACCAUUUUUGACAAUGAGGCAUACUGGAAACACAUCGGAUUGUGGAUUCCGAUGUUGCAGAGACUACGGAUACCGAUUUUCAGAAAUUUGGCUCAUCAGUUAUGGAAAAUGAAUGGGGGAAAUUUGACAUUUGGCAUGCUGAAAACUGGACUUCGUGUGAGCAUGCAGGGGAUGGAAACUUUGGGCACCGCAUACCAGGUGAAGGAAGACAAUUACCUUGAAGUGGAUGAUUUAUUUGUGGACAACGUGUUAGCGAGUAUUGUGUUCAAUGGGUUUUUAAAGAUGAAAAUGAAUGCAGACAGGACUCUCUAUUUCAGUAAGAAUGACAUUUUUCCUGACAUGCAUACUGUGCUUUCUGGUAGGUUUUCCCUCAACCCCCGUGAAGCAUGGUUGGAUAAUUAG